AUGAGCGUACGCGUUGUCGCGAGGAUACGUCCUCUUCUGAAACAAGAGAUCGAUAAGGAUACCAUUGUCACGGCCGAGAAGCUCGAGGGCGAGACCACCCCGGCCGUUGUGCGCAUACCGAGUCCCAAGAACGAGGCCGAGUCUUUCAGCUUCCAAUUCAGUUCCGUCUACGAGCAGGACGCGACGCAGCAGCAGCUGUUUGAUGCUGAAAUCGCCCCAACGGUAAAGCACCUCUUCAGUGGAUUUGAUCUAUCCAUCUUCGCCCAUGGCUGCACGGGUACGGGCAAGACCCAUACGAUGCGCGGAGGCAAGUCGCUGGCCGACAGGGGUGUCAUUCCGCGUCUUCUGAGCGCCAUAUUCCGACGAUGCAAGAAGAUCGAAAAGGACUCGGCCGGAGCCAACCAGGUAGAGGUCGCGCUAGAGUACUUUGAGAUCUACUGUGAUCGCGUCUACGACUUGUUCGAGCCACCAGAGAAGCGAACGCCCUCGGGUCUGCCCAUCAGGGACAAUCGCGGAAAGACCGUUGUCGUGGGCCUGACUGAGAAGCCAUGCACGACACUCAAGGAGUUUGAACAACUCUAUGACCAGGCCAAUCUCAACAGGUCCACAUCAGCCACAAAGCUCAAUGCGCAUUCAUCGCGUUCUCACGCGGUUCUGUGUGUCAAGAUUACCCAGACUACUGGAAACACUAUUCGCGUCAGCCGCGCAUCAUGUAUUGACCUUGCAGGAUCAGAAGACAACCGCAGGACAGAAAACAACAAGGAGCGCCUGAUUGAGAGUUCGGCCAUUAACAAAUCACUCUUCGUACUGGCGCAAUGUGUCGAGGCUAUGAACAAGAAGGCCAGCAGGAUACCCUACCGCGAGUCCAAGAUGACCAGGAUCCUGUCUCUGGGUCAGAACAAAGGCUUGACCGUCAUGAUUCUAAACCUUGCGCCCACUCGCGCUUACCAUCUCGACACUAUCAGUUCGUUGAACUUUGCCAGUCGCACAAAGAAGAUUGAAGUCGCAGAAGUGGAAAAUGACCCGAUGUACAAGACCGCAGUUAAGCCUUUGGCGACAACGAGCAACAUUGGCGGACCAGCCAUGGCACGCCAACCGCUCCGAUCACUGGUAGCUGCUACCAACACCACAAUCGCAGAUGCGGACAAGAAGAAAGGAGAAAAGCCUACAAAGGCCUUCUCUAAUCAGGGCAUUCGACGAGCGGAAGCUCCUAAGCGUGCAGCUGAGCCCAGCAACACUUUUGCGUCCCGGCCAACCAAGACUUUCCGCGCCGCGGACAAUGCUUCACGGAUACGACCAAAUGAGCUAGCACUAACCAAGGAGACUAUCGAAGCUCUCAUCGCCCAGAAGGUUGACGAGAGGCUUGCAGAAAAGGCACUGCAAGACGCUACCAAUUCUGCCCCAGCGCUAUCAGCCGAGUUGCAGAAACGGUUGGAUGAACUUGAGCAACGUCUUGAAGUCAAAGAAGAGGAUGGAAAGUCACAGGGCUUGCAGUUCUUGUUGAUGGCAAAGCAACACCACAUCCGCGGUGAGGAUGCAAGUGCACUGAGAAUGUACCAUCUUGCACAACCUUACUUCCCGGACAACGCCAAGCUAGAAGCCAAGAUGAAGAAGCUGGAAGAGAAGAUUCGCGCAAAGAGGGAAGAGACUCAAAGGCACGCCUCCAUGCCCAUCAGCCUACCCUCUCACCCAUCCCCUGCCCGCGUGUCAAACAUCAUGCCCCCCAAAGUAGGAAAGUCAAUCCCCAGGCCAAAAAUGGUCUACCGCGACGAACCCGAAGAAGACAAAGAUGACGAAGAAUUCGCCCCUGCCCCACCCUCCGACCACGACUCCGACUCCGACGCCUCCGACGACAGCUUCCAGUACAAAACCAAGGCCCCAGCCCGCAAGCCCAUGAAGACCACUAGGAAACUCCCCGUCUUCCGUGACACCGCCACCUCUGCCUCGACUACUGAUUCCGUUCCCCGUUCCAAGCUCCCUGUCUGCCACACACCCCGGACCUCGCACCUCCUCAAGAUCAUCAACUCUCGUGACGUAAACCAGAUCAAGGGCCUCAAGGGUGUCGGCGCAAAGAAAGCGGAUAGCAUUGUCAACUGCCUUGUCGAAAUGGAUGAUACUGAAAUCUUGGAUCUCGAGUCGUUGGCUAUGCUCAAGGGUGUGGGCGGUAAGACGGUGGAUAACAUGAGACUUGGACUCAAGCUUGAUGCCUCGUAUGACUUUUAG